UAGACGCUUACUGUUCAUCAAGGCUGUGGCUGUGGCUGUGGCAUUUGCCUCCACCCGGCUGGAGGGAACAGAGUUGAGCGCACUCGCUCACCACCGGAGCCUCCUGCGCACCACCUGUUCGACGAAACGCCUCUGACCUCUGACCCCAUGGCGGAGGCAUCGGACGACGGGAGCAUUGAAGACAAGAUCAGCGCCCUCCCGGACGGGGUCCUCGUCCAUGUCCUAUCCCACCUGUGCUCACGCGAGGCUGUGCAGACAUGCGUGCUGUCACGGCGCUGGCGAUACCUCUGGCGGUCGGUGUUCUGCAUCGACGUGUCUUUCGUGGAAUUUGAAGACAGGGCUGCUGAAAACGACUUGGAGCGUGAGGAGAUGUUCAAGAUGUUUGUGAACCAUUUGCUGAUUCUCCGUAAACCCGUAGACCUGAAGGAGUUCCGGCUCGAGUACAGCUUAACGGUGGGCGACACCGUGGACAUCAGUGCUAACUCUGAUCAUGCCAACCUAUGGAUCGCCCAUGCUUUACAGUACAAGGCCCAGACUGUCAAGAUAGGUAACUACAGCGAAUAUCUGCAGCUUCUUCCCUCGGUAUUCAAUUCAACCUACUUGAAAAGACUGCACAUUACCAAUGCUCUACUGAUCCAAGGUUUCUUUGAGCGCCUCGGAAAAGGCUGCCCAGCAUUGGAAUAUCUCUUCCUAUUGAACUGCGGCAUUAAGGACCUUGACAUUUUCUCCAACACACUGAAGGUUUUGAUCCUCGCUGAUAUUAUGGUCUCCCACGAUGACCCUGUUUCUAUUUCUGCUCCAAGCCUCAUUUCUCUGUCUGUCGAAGAGUGUCCUUUUGGGGCCAGCCUACCUAUACUAAAGAACAUGUCAUCUCUAGAGACUGCAUCAGUAUUGUUUUUAGAAGGAAACACAAAUUGUGAUGCUGAUGGUAUCAGGCAGUUUCUCGGGGGCCUCUCUGGUGUUAGAAGUUUGGACUUCUAUUACGGGGAUACACAGUUGGAGAUGGAAAAUAAUCACGGAUGGUGUCCAACAUUCAGCAAUCUUACAAACCUGACUCUUGAUAGUUGGUGCGUGCAUGCGGACUUAUAUGCGCUGAUAGUCUUCCUUCAGAACUCACCUAAUCUGAAGAAGCUAACUCUUAAACUAAACGAGCCACGAUAUCACACCGGGGUUGUAUCUGCAAUCAUCGGCGAGCUGGAGGAUAGAUCAUUUACGUGCGAACAGCUUGAGAUUGUUGAAAUCAUAUGCUCGGAGGGAAAUGCACUGCUACCUGGGGUUAAUCAGUUUUUGCUAGAAGAAUGCGGCAUAAGGCCUGAUCAGAUGCGUGUCAAUCACCAGAACUAAGGUCGAUGCGAGGCAUCCGAUUGUUUCGGGUCCCACUACAGUUGAAAUUACAUGGAAUCACCCAUUGGAAUGUCAUAGCAGGCAGGCAAACAUUAUUUCUUCUAGAAUCCUAGUGUUGGUUUUGAACUAUGUUCUGCUGAUUGGACCAAAAGGAAGAUAUCACCUAGAUGUGUCAUUUUCCUAUGUGGUGCCAUAAUUCUUUUGGUAGAACGUUACACUGCAUAAGAAUAUGCAAAAUUGCCCGUUCUGGUUGAGUUUAUGGCUCCAAACUCCGACGAUGCUUUUCUUGUAACUAUUCUGUUAGCUCAUUCGGAUUUUGACAUUUUCAUGGGUGCGUGGUGUUGUUGAUCUGAGAUGCAUGGCUGAUGGAUGCACAAAACUUGCUGUUACAUUUUCUGCUGUUCCUGAAA